AUGAUUCGGGCUCGCGAGAACCUUAUCCCAAAAAAACGGCUUCAGCUUAGUUUUCGGAGCUUCAGAUUCAGAUUCAUCCGAGCCAUUGCUUUUCUCCCCGGUGGAAGAUCGCCGGUGGUGGGGCCCAAGAGGGGAAGGCUUCGCCUGAACUGGCGGGUUUGGGGGCGGCGGGCGGCGGACGAUCUUGGGAGGCGGUGGAGGGGCCGCCGGAGCUGGUGGUUUGGGAGGAGGUGGUGUCGGCGGCUCCGGCGGUGCAGCUGGCGGUGGUUUUCUUCCGGGCGGAACGCAUUUACGGUUUUACCCUCUGUUUGGGCUGCUCCAUUGGCUUCGGAAUUAGCUUGUGAAGGGUCGGGAUUAGUGGCUUGUGAUAAACCGGCGGCUGAAGGGUUCUUUGCAAAGUCUUUGCCACUCGGGUUACUCAAUGUGUGGCCUGAAGAACCUGAAGGAAUCGCGAGAGGCUUCUCAUCCCUCUGUCCCUCCUCCUUCGGCUCGACUCGCCUCUUCCUUUUCAGACAGACGAACAACAAUAGAGCCACAAUCGCAAGUCCCACUACCGAAAUCAUGCUUUUCGGCAAAGUUGGAGGUUCAUCAUCCAUGGGGGGAAUUGCGGGCCCUGGAACCGGGCCAGGUGUCAAAGCUACUGUCAGAACUCGAUGGUGCUUUCUGUUCAUGUGCCUUAGAUAUCUUCGUGGGAUUGAUCCCAUUCUUGUUCAGCCUGUC